UUUACUCUAUUGAAGGUGAAGGUCCGCUCAUCUCCGCCAGCAUUCGCUGUCAAUGGCUUUCAGGACUUAUUUUAUUUGAAUGUCUGGGCUUUUAACACUUUCGUCCAAAGAAACCAAUAAUGGAUAUUCUAUGGAUUUUAUGGAUAAUACCCACCGCUAUAGCUGUAGAAGAGACACUAAUGGACUCCACCACAGCGACAGCUGAGUUGGGCUGGACAGUCUAUCCCGUGUCAGGGUCCAAUGACAACAGCGUGAGUUGGGAGGAGGUAAGUGGAUACGAUGAGAACAUGAACACCAUCCGCACCUACCAGGUGUGCAACGUGUUCGACAACAACCAGAACAACUGGGUCCGCACCAAGUACAUCCGGCGCCGGGGUGCACAGCGGAUCCACGUGGAGAUGAAGUUCUCCGUGCGAGACUGCAGCUCCAUCCCCAAUGUGCCCGGCUCCUGUAAAGAGACUUUUAACCUGUACUACUAUGAGUCAGACUCGGACACGGCCAACAAGGUGUCCCCGCCAUGGAUGGAGAACCCCUGGAUCAAGGUGGACACCAUCGCGGCCGAUGAAAGCUUCUCCCAGGUCGACCUUGGCGGCCGGGUGAUGAAGAUCAACACAGAGGUGCGGAGCUUUGGCCCCGUGUCCAAACAUGGAUUCUACCUGGCCUUCCAGGACUACGGCGGCUGCAUGUCCCUCAUCGCCGUGCGUGUCUUCUACAGGAAGUGUCCCCGCGUCAUCCAGAAUGGAGCUGUGUUUCAGGAGACCCUGUCUGGGGCAGAGAGCACCUCUCUGGUGGCAGCACGGGGUGUGUGUAUCUCCAACGGGGAGGAGGUGGACGUGCCCAUCAAACUGUACUGCAACGGGGAUGGGGAGUGGAUGGUGCCCAUCGGGCGCUGCAUGUGCAAGGCUGGCCACGAGGCUGUGGAGAACGGGACUGUGUGUAGAGCUUGUCCAUCGGGCUUCUUCAAGCCUAUACAGGGUGAUGUAUCCUGCAUGCAGUGUCCAAUCAACAGCCGCACCACCAAUGAAGGAGCCACUAACUGUGUGUGCCGCAACGGUUACUAUCGCACUGACUCAGAUCCCUUCCAGAUGCCCUGCACAACGGUGCCAUCGGCUCCUCAGAACGUUCUGUCUAUCGUGAAUGAGACGUCUCUGAUACUGGAGUGGCAGCCUCCUAGGGAGUCAGGUGGCCGUGAGGACGUGGUCUUCAACAUCAUCUGUAAGAGCUGUGGAGGGGGCCGGGGAGGCUGCACGCGCUGUGGGGACAAUGUCCAGUUUGUACCCCGCCAGCUGGGUCUGACAGAGCCACGUGUUUACAUCAGUGACCUGCUGGCUCACACACAGUACACCUUCGAGGUGCAGGCCGUCAAUGGGGUCUCCGAGCAGAGCCCCUACUCACCACAGUACUCCUCCGUCAACAUCACAACCAACCAGGCUGCUCCGUCGACAGUGUCCAUCAUGCACCAGAUCAGUCGUACCGUGGACAGCAUCACUCUGUCCUGGUCUCAACCAGACCAGCCCAAUGGAGUCAUUCUGGACUAUGAACUGCAGUACUAUGAGAAGGACCAGACAGAGUACAACUCAACCAUCAUAAAGAGCCAGACCAACACAGUGGUCAUCCGCGGUCUCAAACCAGGCGCGAUCUAUGUGUUCCUGGUUCGCGCCAGGACCGUGGCCGGAUUUGGCCGCUACAGCGGCAAGCUCUACUUCCAAACCAUGACUGAGGAGGAGUACAACACCAGCAUUCAGGAGAAACUGCCUCUUAUCAUCGGCUCUGCAGCUGCAGGUCUGGUCUUCCUCAUCGCAGUGGUUGUCAUUGUCAUCGUCUGCAACCGGAGGCGUGGCUUUGACCGAGCAGACUCAGAGUACACAGACAAGCUGCAGCACUACACCAGCGGCCACAUGACUCCAGGAAUGAAGAUAUAUAUCGAUCCGUUUACAUAUGAGGACCCCAACGAGGCUGUGAGGGAGUUUGCUAAGGAGAUUGACAUCUCUUUUGUAAAGAUUGAGCAAGUCAUUGGCGCAGGAGAGUUCGGGGAGGUGUGCAGUGGGAACCUGAGGCUCCCAGGCAAGAGGGAGAUGUUUGUGGCCAUCAAGACGCUGAAGUCGGGCUACACAGAGAAGCAGAGACGGGACUUCCUGUCUGAAGCGUCCAUCAUGGGUCAGUUUGACCACCCGAAUGUGAUCCACCUGGAGGGUGUGGUCACCAAGAGUGCCCCCGUCAUGAUCAUCACUGAGUUCAUGGAGAACGGAUCACUGGACUCCUUCCUCAGACAAAACGAUGGUCAGUUCACGGUGAUCCAGCUGGUGGGCAUGUUGCGUGGCAUCGCCUCUGGCAUGAAGUACCUGGCCGACAUGAACUACGUCCACCGCGACCUAGCCGCACGCAACAUCCUGGUCAACAGCAACUUGGUCUGCAAGGUGUCUGACUUCGGCCUGUCACGUUUUCUGGAGGACGACACGUCAGACCCCACCUACACCAGCGCCCUGGGAGGGAAGAUCCCUAUCCGAUGGACAGCCCCUGAAGCCAUCCAAUACAGGAAGUUCACAUCCGCCAGUGAUGUCUGGAGCUAUGGCAUCGUCAUGUGGGAAGUCAUGUCCUAUGGAGAGAGACCUUACUGGGACAUGACCAAUCAAGACGUGAUCAAUGCCAUAGAGCAGGACUACCGGCUGCCCCCUCCCAUGGACUGCCCUAGUGCCCUGCACCAGCUCAUGCUGGACUGCUGGCAGAAGGACCGUAACAACCGGCCGAAGUUCAGCCAGAUUGUCAACAACCUGGACAAGAUGAUCCGCAACCCCAACAGUCUGAAGGCCAUGACCCCUCUGUCAUCAGGUGUCCAUCUUCCUCUCCUGGACCGCAGUGUUCCAGACUUCUCCAGCUUCAGCACGGUGGACGAGUGGCUGGAUGCCAUCAAGAUGGGCCAGUACAAAGACAACUUUGCCAACGCUGACUUCACCAGCUUUGAUGUGGUUUCCCAGAUGACUAUGGAUGACAUCCUGAGUGUGGGUGUAACGUUAGCAGGCCACCAGAAGAAGAUCCUGAACAGUGUGCAGAUGAUGCGUGCCUCCAUGAACCAGAUCCAGUCUGUGGAAGUUUGACCAUCCAGAGUGGAACGGAGGAGAGCAGAGCAGAGGAGAGGGGAUUGGGAUGCAGGACCCUGGGUGCACGGAUGGAGUGGAUAUGUUUUUGCUUGACCGUGAACCUGGGUUUCCUACCAGACUACCGUCCAUCCCUGGUCCCCCCUUCCAAUCCCUCUCCUGUCCUCCUCUAUGCCCUCAUCCAAAGUCCCCGCAACCUUCGGGAUCAGCUUUGGAAGGUUGUGGCCAGCAUGUCUAAAUGACCAGACGUCAAUCAACGUGGCUCACAACCGUCCAUCUUGGAACCAGGAUCAUGAGAGGUUACUGACCAGAGACACAUUUCUACUACCAUCUUCCACCCAUGUUUUUUAUUUUAUUUACGUUGAACUUUUACGUUUGUUUUAAGAAUUUUGUAAAGAAUUUUGUAAAGAAAAAAGUUAAGAACUCUAGGAGUCUAUAGAUGGUAUACAAUUGUAAGCUAGGUGAAAUGACUAGAAAGGCUACCCUUUAAAAAGGGCCAUAGACAAGAAGACAUUGAAAACUGGGUGAUUUAAGACCAACACUCUCAAAAUUAAUCGGAUAUAUUCUUUGUAAACUAGGUGAACUGACUUCAGAAACAGAAAUGCAACAUAAAUAUUUGCUGCCUCCCUGAAGGCAAACAGCAGAAGAGACUGAGGAACUUGAUCUAUUCCCCUGUUUUUGAUUUGGGACGUAAUAUAAGUGUGAGCACCAUGAAAUGGACCUGGCAGAAACUACUGACAUGAACAAAUUAAAGACAUUCAGUUAUCUACCAAUUCAAAAGUAAAGAAAUGUAAACAAAAAUACAUUUUCUCAUAUCAAGUAAUUUCCUUUUCUGUGUGAGUAUUGUGAUGAAGAUUCUCUCUCACCAUGCUUCCUCUCACCAUGGGAAAAUUUAUAUUUUUUCAAUAUUAACAUAACCUGCCAAAUGGAACAUCGUCCCUGUGUACCUCAGAUGAUGUCAUGACGAUGUCAUGAUGACGUCAAGAUCCUGUACACAUCGGAUG